AUGGCGCCGACGUUAGCGAAGCGAUGGCAGCGCAUGUUCUCGACGUCGCAUUCCGGCCACCGGUCGCCCGGCGACCAGCGCCACGAGGAGCAGCCGUGCGCGCCGCCAUGGGCCAACCACCCGCCGCCACUCGGCCGCCGCUCGAGCUUACCGGAUCGCGGGUACACGUCGCCGCACCAAACGCCGUCGCAGCACCACCAGCCAUCGCCGCACCACCAAGCGUCGCCGCACCAUGCGAUGCAUAGCGCGUCGCCGCAACAUCCGAAUCAGCAUCAACACCAACACCUGCAGCAGCAGCGUGGUUUGAAGCACAGCAACUCCCGCACGUCGCUCGACAGCGCGGAAGACGACAGGCCGCCCGGCGCGAACGGCGCGGGCGGCGCGGAAAUGGUGACGGUGAAGCUGGCGAAGUCCGAUUGGUUAGAAAUAGUUAACGCGCUCGAGUCGGCUUCCAGCAGGUGCGAGCACUGCGGGGAAACGUCCCCGUCCGCGCCCCCCGCCGUCUCGCUUCCCGCCACGCAGCGCCUCUUCGCGCAGCUCAAGGCGCGCAGCAACGGCCCUCCCGGCGGCGGCGCGAAUGAAGACGUGCUCGGGCCGCUCUCGGCGCUGCGCUCGCAGUCGUCGCGCGAGGGUAUCGGCAUCGGCGGCGGCGUUGGCGGCGCGGCCGCCAGCUCGACCGGCUCGCCGUACGGGCUGACGUCCAGCGACAGCGCGUCCACGUCGUCCCGCCGGCGCUCGCUGAAUCUUCCGCGCGCGCGCGAGCUCGACGCGGACCUGCCGUCCAGCGGCCCGCUCGGCCACCUCCAGCCGCGCGACGUGUUCGGCGCCGCCGGGAAUCACGGCGGGGGUUGCGGGCCCAACUGCCAUGCAGAGCACGGCAUGCACGGAGCGCACUCGGAACUCGGCCCCAUGGCGUGUCCGCACCUCGCGGCGAUCGGCAACAACGCGGGGGCCUUUGGGGCGUCGUUCGGGGCGCGAAGCAUCCAGCAUGCUUCCGCCAUGGCCCCCACCGCCUACAGCUGCGUCGAGUCCAUGAUCGGCGGCGGCGGCGGCGGCGGCGGCGGGCCGGCCGGGUUAGGUGGCGGGUUCGGCGGAGGGGUAGGGAUAGAUAGAUUCGGCGGAGUUUCCGCUUCCGCAAUGGUGGCGGCGGCGGGCGUGAGCGCGGGCGGAGGCAGCGGGUUUUCGAACGCGGGGUUCUCGAUGGGCGGGUUCUCGAACGCGGGGUUUUCGAACGCGGGCAUGUCGAGCGUGGGGCGCAUGGGCGUGAGCCCGUCGGAGAUCCUCAACCGCAAACUGCUGACCAUCAUCACCAAGGCGCACGACCUCUUCUCCAAAGACCAGUCCCCGAACGGCAGCAAGGUGGGCGACUACCUGCUGGCGCAGCUGCUGGACCUCACCAAGUCCAAGUUCGGGUUUGUGGCGAGCGCGCUCAAGAAACCCGAAGGCACCUACUACCUUAAGACGCAUGGCAUCACCAACUUCGCAUGGACGCGCGAGCUGCGCCUUUGGUACGCCGAAAACGCCCCGUCCGGUCUCGUGUUUUCCAACAUGGACACGCUGUUCGGCCGCGUGGUCACCACGGCCGACGUGGUCAUCUCCAACGACGUCCCCAACGACCCAAGGGCGGUGGGCGUUCCGCCCGGCCACCAGCGCGUCUCCACCUUCCUGGGGGUGCCCCUCUUCGCGGGGGCAGAGCUCGUGGGCAUGUUUGCGGUGGCGAACCGCAAGGAGGGGUACGAGGAGACGCUGCUCAUGGAGAUCCAGCCCAUGACUAAAACGGUGGCGCAGAUUGUCGGCGCGCUGCAGGAGAGACGGCGUGAGCGCGAGGAGCAGGAGCGGCUGAGGGCGAUGCUGAAGGGCACGGGGGAUGCGAUCCUGGGCGUGGAUGACAUGGGCGGGAUCAGCUCCUUGAACCGCGCUGCCAGGCUGCUGUUUGGCUUCACGGACACGGAGGGGCUGGGGGAUGGCAGUGGGCGGGGGUUUGGGCAGGCGGAGGUGCUCCCGGAGAAUCUGCACGUGGCGGAUCUGUUCAUCAGUGUGGACGGCCGAGAUGACUUUGCUGACCAGGGUCUGGAGGUGUUUGUGUGUGACGGCCUCAGGAUGCCCGCCAUCGGUCGGCGCAUUCUGGGCGGCACACUGCUGCUGGAGAUGAUGCUGUCGCGCGGCAGCAACCCUGAUGUGGCGUAUGUCAUCACAGCCCGGGAGCUCAAGAACAGUGGGCUGGGCGGCACGCCUACGAUUGGCUCGGGCAGCAACAGCCUGGCGAGAACGGGCAGCAAAGGAGGGCCCACGUUCUUUGAGCCUGCAAAUGCGCCGGGAGGAGAUGAGUGA